CUGGUUUGUUAUUGAAAAACGUUUUCGUCUGCUUGGUUUUCUACAACCUCGACGUUGUGCCGAUAUGACGGUGGAUGUGGCUGGGGCACCGAGCAACCAUCUCACACCUUCCUACCCGCAGCCGCAGAUUCAAAAGCAGCAGCAUGCGGCUAGCAACCCGGGCACUUUGAACCGAAUGUUACCUAUUGGAGAUCAUGACGGCGGCAAAUCCAAUUUUCAGCAAAGCACCCCGCUGCAGCAUGCACAGGGGAACUACAUACAGAACGACAACAAUAACUACUACGGGAAGCAAAUGCACAUGAAUUCCUCUGGAGGCGGG